AGGCAGAUUUUCUGUGUCGCUCACAGACGCAGAAUCAGUGCUAUCAUCGACUCGUCAGCUGAAAACACAGGGCUGAUUGGCUUAAUGAGCUCACCAAGUGGCUUCUUCUAAUGUCACAGGAUCUGCUUCUGUGCGGCGGAUCACUGGCCGGGACCAGGCUCAAGAUUAAGACGGAUAAUGCUGUGAUAUUACGGCCGGAAUAAUCUCCUCUUUGCUACUUUGACAAAUAAGAGGAGGCAAAUCCACACGUCAAGAGUUUUGCGUCGCUUGUUGCCGUCUCAACUCGAGAACUUUACCAACAGCCGACGACAAUGGGUAACACCAAGAGUGGAGCUGUGUCGAAGGAGAUCCUAGAGGACCUGAAGCUCAAGACCAAGUUCUCAGAGACUGAGAUUGUCCAGUGGUACGAAAACUUCAAGAGGCAGUGUCCGACAGGACGCAUCUCGCAGGAGGAGUUCCAGAACAUAUACAGAAAGUUCUUCCCGGACAGCGACGCCAACACGUACGCCCAACACGUCUUCCGCUCCUUCGACACCAACGACGAUGGCACACUGGACUUCAAGGAGUACAUCAUCGCUCUGCACAUGACAUCGACGGGGAAGACCACGAGGAAACUGGAGUGGGCCUUCUCACUGUUUGACGUGGACAAGAACGGAUACAUCACCAAGACAGAGGUCAAGGAGAUCUGUACGGCGAUUUUUAAGCUGAUUUCCAAAGAGGACAUGGCCAAACUGCCUCAAGAUGAAAACACAGCUGAGAAGAGGGCGGACAAACUCUGGAAAUACUUUGAGAAGGACGACGAUGACCGAGUGGCAGAAGGAGAGUUCGUGAAGGGAGUGUUGGAGAACGACGGCGCUCUUCGUUUGAUUCAGUACGAGCCGUCCAAGUAACUCUUUCAUAUUCAACGACAUCUUCGUUCAUGACACGUGAACACAGAGCAGGAGUGUCUGUGGUCUGUGAGAGAAUUUUUAUAACAUUUUUAACACAUAUUACAAUUAAAAACCCGAGUUUAAAGUUUCCAUAAUUUUUUACUUUCACAUAGAGAGAAACGUUCCCUCCAAUUGUUUGUGGCAGAACUUCCUCACUUUAAUCACAGUAGAAAAUGUGCAUUAAUGUGUGAUUAUUUAGUUUAAUUCUGAAGAAAAGUGAAUUGUGUUUUAGCUUCUCAAACACAUAUUUAUUUUUUCUCCACUGGGCAGAAAAUGACUGUAUAACUGUUGACGCUCUCGGUCGUUUUCUAAAUGUAUGACAUGUGAAACUGAAUUUUCCUUCACAAUAAAAUUGGUAGGAUUGUAGUAAAAACUUUUAUUUUGAAAUGACACCUUUUUCUCUCCUGAACUCUUCAUGUUCACGACAUUUCUCAACAUUUUCUGACCCAAACUACUGAAAAGAAACAGAGGAAGUUUAGUUUCGUUAUAACGAGAACGUUUAUUUGUUGCUGUUUCAGCUUCCUCUGACAAAUGACGACGUUCAGGUUCAAAAUAAAAACAAAUAAUAAUAAAAAACAAAA